ACUAAUCGCGUCUGAUGUGUCAUUUCGUCGAAUUGGCGUGUAUAAAUAUCGCUACACGCCUGUGAUAAACACAACACUCGCGUCUUAUCCUUCCAACGAGAAACAAUGAAGACUUCCAUGAUUUUGCUGUUCUGCGCCGCAAUCGUUUUGGUUGCAGCCGAAGACAAGAAGGGUCCCGCCCGCCAUCAGGACGAUAAGCAUGAAAGCCAUGGUCAGCCCCAGCAGCAGCAGCAUCAGCUGAAGCAACAGCAAUCUCACGAUCAGCACCACCAGGCCCCAGCAGCUCCACAGAAGCAUAAUCAGCAGCAGCACGCACAGCCGGCCCCGUACAAGCACAAGCGCGAGGCGCCAAAGAAUGCCGCUGAAGGACAAUCGACCACUGCUGCACCGAAGGUAAGCGUGGACCCGAAACAACCGUCGGUUCUGCCGGCCGUCGUCGCUGAAGCACCGAAAAACAAGCGUGACACCGUAGCUGCCCAACCGGCUGCUCGCCCAUCUACGAAUGCCCCACCUAAGGCUGGCACUAACGGCCAGCAGAGAAAGCCCCAAGCACCGCGUCCCACCGGUGCCAAGCUGAACCGUGACCAGCCCUCGAACACCGCUCAAUCUGCUACCAAUGCUAAGGCACCGGCUACCGUGAACCAACAAAGUUCUGCCCCGACCACAGCUAACCCCGCCAAGAAGGUGUAAAUCGUUGAAAGGAAGCCGAACUGAUGGCUGAUAAUUUAAUUAUCAAUUUUCCAUCGAAUGUGUGUGUGAUUUUUGCGUAAAAAAUAAACACUUUUCAGUUGCAAUUU